GCCAUUCAUUCGAGAAUGUUACCCAAACUGUUACUGGCGUGCGUACUAAUUGGGAGCGUAAUUCAGAGGAUCUGGACUCUGGAGGAGGACUUUAGCUUCCAGAAGACCUUCAGGUCGCCGUCCCGGGAACACCAGGAGAGGCUAAAGAAGCUCGACGACUUCGAAAUUUUGGAACGGUCCGGCUUCGCGUCGGCGGAAAUCGAGGACCGCAAGUUGGACGGUCAUCCGCGCCUCGUCUACUACCCGGUUAUCUUCGCCCCUCCCACGUUCAACUGCUGGAAUCCGUACCAGCGCGAUCGCGAGAUCGUGGUCGAGAUACACAAGGGGGCAACCACGCCGAAGCCGACCACGACGACCUCCAAGUUGGAGAUCUUCUGCACGGAGGAUAACGGCGACUUAACGGAGCGCGACCUGCAGUUUUUGGCCGAUUACUUAGAUGAUGACGAGUAUGAGACUACGACAAAACCACCUCCAAACGAUGAUAUCGUCAUAAAAAUCAUCGAAAAAUCGCCCCCCUGCCCGACCACCCCCACCAAAGGGAAGUUCAGCGACAACCUGGAGUUUAUCAAGGUGAAACUGAGCGACAUCCUCGCCACCAACGCCAGCUGCAGGUACGAGGAACGGCAGAAGCUCGCGAACGAAGACGACUUCGACAUGUGGCUGCACUACGUCAAGAAGUUCGGCCCGUUCUCGACACCUCAGCAAAAUAGCAAUAAUUAGUAAACAUCGAUUGUUAUUAAAAACAAAUAAAACGCUUUGAGUAACCGAGGAAGUUUAUUUUGCACAUUCCAAACGCAAUGCCAUCGGUCGGCACGUCGUGGUCCCUCGUCCUUUGCUUCCUUUUGGUGAGUGUGCUUUGGAGUUUCGCCUUCGACAGCGAGGAGAGUUCGGAUUCGAUCGAAAUCCCUGACCGACCCGAAGACAGACAAGCGUUUAAAAUGCUGAACCGGCAGGAGGACAAGGAAAGUAGGACGUUUCUCAAUUUGAUAUCGAAGGUUAUGGGUACGUUUCAAGGUUCGGUGGAGAACAGAGCGAAGAGGGUCGGAAAGAAAUCGCGCGUGAAGCACCUGGUGCACAAGACGAAGAAGGCGUUGAGUGGUAUUAAUAAGGCCUACUCGCAUAUGGAGAAGGCCAAGAGGAAAUUGGAGAAGAACGAG